GGAGGAGGCGGCGGCCAUUUUGGCUCUCCGCUGACAGGGGCAGGCGAGCGGGAAAGAGGGCGCCGGCCGUGCCUGGCCCCAGCGCUUCCACCCUCGCUUUCCUCGGGCCGCCCCGUUCGGCUCCUCGCGCCUCGCCAUGUCGGACACGCGCGGCGGCAGUGACAGCCGUCCCGACGAGACCGGCGUCGAGAAACAGGACACGCAGGAGAAGGAAACGGGCAUCCCUGAGAAAGAAGAGGAGGCCAAAUUAAAAGCCAAAUACCCCAACAUAGGACUUCAGAAGCCCGGGGGGUCUGACUUCUUAAUGAAGAGGCUGCAGAAAGGGCAAAAGUACUUUGACUCUGGAGAUUACAACAUGGCCAAAGCCAAAAUCAAGAACAAGCAGCUGCCAACAGCAGGUACCGACAAGAACCUGGUGACCGGUGAUCACAUCCCCACGCCCCAGGAUCUGCCCCAGAGAAAGUCUUCCCUCGUCACCAGCAAGCUGGCAGGGUAACCUGCUCUCCUGAUGGGAUUUCUCUCUCUCUCUCUCUCUCUCUCUCUCUCUCUCUCUCUCUCUCUCUUUCUUUUUUUUCCAUUUGGGGGUUUGGGGGAUUGGGUUGUUGUUUUUCCCCCCGUUGUCAGACUGAGCUGAACUCUGCUGUAACCCGCAUCUGGGACCCACAGAACUUCCACUGUGGCGGAUCUCUUUGUAGUAAUCAAAGCCAGAAGCCGAGACCUGGACUUGUGUGCCGUUCUGGUGUGUGUUUUCUCGCCACUGUGGGCGGGCAGCAUGGAUUCUCUGGGGCUGAAACUCGCUUCGCUUUAAAUUGCCAACGUGCUGCCCUGCCGAUUAAUCCUUCACCGCCGGCUCGGAGGGGGCAGGAGGCUGCAGAGGAAGCCGAAAGAGGCAGAUGCAGAGUUUAAACGGGAGACACAGCAGUGGGUGACCCUUCCGGGAAACUGCUACCCCUCCAUACAUUUAGGACAACAAGGCCCAUCAGCUACAACCACGGGCUGCGUGGCCACAAGCAAUCUGAAACACCCAUAAGCCUCCUUGCCUCGAGGGCUUUGCGGGCAGAAUUGCGACAACUUGCUGUUGUGUUUUUACUGGUUGAGGAAGAGUAGGGUUCUUCCGAGGUCCCGGAGAAGCCCUUUUGCAGGGCUGGGAGUUCACAGGCAAAAGUCUUCCAAACUCAAAAGCUUUUCUCGGCCAUCUUGUCCGAUGCCAGCUGCCAGGCCCAGCCUUCCCUGAAUCUGCAGAAGCUCUAAAAUUGACGGAUAGAAACCAAGCAGUGCGUUCAGGCAAGCCAGCCCAUGUCUCAAGUUGAGGCACGCGGCUGGAUCGAAGCGUUCCCCCUCCCCUUGGCUGUUUCCCAUCCCCCCUACCCGCCUGAUUGGCGUGGAUCUUCCACCUAGCCUAAGCAUGCCUGGCUGGAACCCUUUGGAAGAGAGAUCCGGCAUGUAAAAUCCCCUUAGCCAGGAAAAAGAUCUUAUUGGAUCAUCUUGGUAACGGAGAGGGACACCAAAGGUUGGCCAAUGCGGGCUGGUCUUGCCUCCAUCUUGAAAACGUGGUCCCUGAGAGUCUGGGAAGCAGAUGCUGGCUUGAGGUUGGAAAGGCUGAUGCCGUGGGGAGCAGAGGACGCUGGACGGCCCUGAAUUCUGAACUGAAGGCGCUGGAGAUGACCGGACAGUUGGCCUUUGAAGCAUCCCGCCACAAUUCACGGCGAGGAAUUUGGUGUGUGAGAGAGAGACCUCUGCCUCUCUUAAAACGAAGAGCAUUUAAAGCAGGGCUGUCCCACUUAGCCACUUUAAGACCGGUGAACUUCAACUCCCAGAAUUGAAUUCAACUCCCAGUCAGCAAUUCUGGGAGUUGAAGGCCACCGGUCUUAAAGUGGGCAAGGUUGGACACCCCCAAUUUAAAGCAUCUAGGAUGAUUCCCUCCCAUCAAUAGAACAAGUAACGAAACUUACCAUUCUGAAUUAAGACGGGCGGCUGCAGAAAUCGAAGGGAUGAAUCGAUCAAUAAAACGAUAAGCAGGAUCCUCUGGGCAACCCAAGGAAAGCAGGUCCCCUCGCUCAGA